AUGAACGGCACACCGCAGGUUCGGAGAGGCGUGGGAGGCUUUCCGUCAACACCACAGAACACGAACCGCUCUCCCGGCCUACAGAGCCCAAAUGGCACUACACCGCGACCCAACAUCAAAUCGCCACUGCCAGAUCUACCCAAGGCCCCCGCACAAUCAAGCUCAGGGCCUUUAAUACCCUCAGACAUCCUCGAUCCUGCGCAGCAGCGCUUCUAUGUCUUCGCCCUCUACGUCGCGUUAUGGGCAUAUCGCACCUACGACUUCUAUACCUUGGCUGUCGAGGAAGAUGAAUCGCUAUGGCUGUGCCUGAAAUGGUGCUUCUUCGAUGUGCUUUUCAUGUUCGGGGUCCCGCUUCUGGAGAUUCCCUGGCUUGAAUGGGGCAAUGGCGCUGCCUUCCUCCUGUUUGUGUUGCAUGCGGGCUUGGAUGUCAUGCUCAUGUUCAGGAUCGGCAUACCGGUACAGGCAUGGCUUAUGGGCUUGGUGGGCUUCUUGUGGGAUAGCGAACUGGCCAUCAGCGAACGCAGCGUCAAGCCUGGCGCCAUCCUACACAACGCCUCUCUCAUCCUGGGAAAGCAGAUUGUCAACAUCUUGCCUGAGGGAUCCGCAGUCUUGAACCCAGACAGGCAGUCGUUCUGUCUGAACUCGUCCGUCACCCAAUUGGAAAUCCCAAUCAUGAUCAACCAGACCGAACCCCACGAAAUGGAGAUCCUGCGCAUCGACAUCGAUACGAACGUCAACGAAACCAUCAUCGUCAAGAAAAGCGAACUGAAGGGUAUGCUAAAGAGGGCUAGGAAGACGCAGAAGUCUACCGAUCCUGACGACCCGUUGACCUUGGCCUACACGAUCAAGAAGCCGGGUGUAUAUCUGCUGAAGAAAGUCACGGAUCAGUCGAAGCUUUUGGUACGACCCCGGUCAACCAACGUUGUAGUGGCUACCUGCCCACAAGCUCGGGUAAAGCCAACUGGCAACGACCGCUGCCGUAGCGAUCUAUCCAACGUUGCGCUGGAAGUCGAGGGAACACCGCCCCUAAAUGUUAAAUACCGCCUCAUUGUAAACGGGAAGCCUCGCGGCGGAUCUCAAUUCCAAAACCUACAGCCAGACGAUGCCAUCUCACCCCUGUCGAAACACACAUCACAAGCAUUGGUCAAGAGCGGGCGCGAAGACAUAUCCUGGGCACGCGCGCACAAAGUUCUAGUACCCCUGAAUGAAUCUCUCACAACUAGUGGUUCGUGGGAGUACGAGAUUGAGGAGGUACAAGAUGGACUGGGCAACUUCGUAAGCUAUCUAAACGUCGAUGAUGACGAGCGGCCACGGCCUAAGGUUGCCGGCAUCCGUCAGUUGUUCGAGGUUCAUGAGCGCCCUACAGCCUUUCUCAGGGGCUGUAGCCCACAGAAUCCGCUUCGAGUACCUAAGGGCGAAGCCGCCCGUCUGCCAGUCCAAUACGGUUCUACAGGCAAAAACGCGAUUGACGGUGCGCAUACCGUUGAGUACUUGUUCACACCGCAAGAGCACAUUGUCGCGGACGGAUAUCACAGCCCAGAUGCCGUGCUACAGAAGCAGGUUAUGCGAAAGGGCGAGCAACCCACCAUCAAAGUCGCAGGUCUUUACACCAUCAAGUCUGUAUCGACCGACUUCUGCGACGGCGAAGUUUUUGAACCUACUUCAUGCCUGCUACAGAACCCACCAGAGCCUGAUCUGACCCUAGACAGCGAAGACAUCAUCGACAAGUGCGCUGGUAACCCCAUCGGUCUCCGCGUAGGCCUUGAUUUCGUGGGAAGCCCGCCUUUCCUGGUCACCUACUCCGAGAAGAAAGACAACGGCCGAGAGGUCAGGAAACCACCGAUUCAGAUCGCUAGUCUUCGCAGUACGAUUGAUCUUACCCCACAAGAUGCUGGCCAUUACGAGUAUACCUUCAAGACGAUCAGCGACUCGGUUUACAAAGAGCGGUCCCUGAACAACAUCAAACUCCAACAAGACGUUAAACCUUCUGCACAAGCACACUUCAUUGAGAGUAGCAGACCAAAACAAGCCUGUAUCGACGAUGUGGUGGAGUUCGACGUUGGCUUCGUCGGCGAGGCACCAUGGAAGCUGGAGUACGAGAUUGUCCACAACGGCAAGCGUACGAAGCGCGCCAUCGAAACUGAGAACGCGCACUACGUCAUACGAACAGAGAAACUCAGCAGCGGCGGCGAGUACGUCGUAGCUCUAACAGGUGUUACCGACAAGUCCAAAUGCAAGGAAGUCCUCAAAGAAGAAGCUAGAGUUAACGUACGCCACGAACGACCCAAGGCGUACUUCGGACACAUUGAAGGCAAACAAUCAGUCCUGGCUCUGGAGAGUCGACAGGUCGGACUACCCCUCCGCUUUACUGGAAGCGGCCCUUGGCUGCUAGAGUACGAAAACUUGAAGACCAAGGAGGUCAAGAGGGAUAGCUUCCAGAAUCCCAAUUCAUGGCUCGACGUCAAGACGGACGGAACGUAUCAGUUGAUCUCCGUCAAGGACUCCGUUUGUCCUGGUUUGGUCGAUGAGAAGGCCGACCAAUUUGACGUAUCCUGGGUGGCGCGUCCCUCGCUCAGCGUUCCUGAGAGUAGCGCGGUGCUGGAAGGCAGCAAGUACAUCAAGGACGCCGUGUGCGAGGGAAACGCUCCUUUCGACAUUUCUUACCGACAAGAGUACAAAGACAAGAAGGGAAAAACAGCUUCCGUCAGCGAGAAGGAUCUACACACUGUUGGUGGUCUCGCAACGAUUCGAUCGGAAACCUCAAAGGCCGGUACCUACGAGUACACUUUCCUGAAACUCGCGGAUGCCAGGUACGACCAUUCGAAGAAGCACUUCUCGCCUUUGACGAUCCAGCAACAAGUCCACUCACGUCCUGGUGCUCGAUUCGAUAAGCCUGGAAAGACCUACAGCUACUGUUCUCGAGAGUCAGAGGGUGAAGAAGUCAUUCCCAUCACUCUGGAGGGCGUUGCGCCAUUCUACCUUGAAGUGGAGAUUAAACACCAGGGUACACCUAAGCCGGAGAUAAGCGUGCACAAGAACAUACCCACAAACAAGUAUGAUCUUAAGAUCGAGCACCGCAAGAUGCACCUUGGUCACUCGUCUAUUUCUAUCCGCAAGGUUCGCGACUCACGUGGUUGUACCCUCCGGCCUCCACCAGGUGGGCCUCGUGUACAGAUCAGCGUUCAUGACGCGCCUACUGCCACACCUCUUGAAGACCGAAAGGACUUCUGUGUCGGCGAGCGCCUGUCCUUCGCUCUCAGCGGCCAGAGUCCCUUUACAGUGUACUACACCUUUGAGAAACAGGAACGCAAGGCCUCCAACCCAGGUACCACCUUCCGCCGUCUCGCCGAGCUCCCAGGAACAUUCACCAUCACUGGUCUACGUGACUCAGCUUCCGAGUGCCUCGCAGCGCUCGACCUAACCAAGACCAUUCAUCCAAUCCCCUCUGUACGUCUCUCUGGGGGCCAAGUCCACGAGAUUGACAUUCACGAGGGCGGUGGCACAGACUUAGAAUUCCAGUUCUGGGGUACCCCACCGUUUGAGUUCACCUACACGAGGAGUACAAACGCGAACAAAGGACGCAAGAGCAAGGUGCUGGAGAUCAAGACUGAAAUCAGUCAUGAGAUGACCAUGAGUAUUCCGGUCCAGGAGGAGGGUACAUAUGAGGUUGUGUCCAUCAAGGACAGGUGGUGUAGUUUUGCGAAGCCUGGCGAGGGCCACGAUGGCAAAGGUGGGCAGAAGAUGUUGACGUACUGA